CUCCCUCCCAAACAAAAUAUAAUUUGAAGAUAUGCCAAAAUACAGAACAUUUUCUGUUCUGAAAGUCCAAAGAUAGAGAGAGAUACACUACCAUAAAAGCCUAUUGAUCAAAUACUUUUUUUUACAUAAAAAUGGGAGAAACUAGAAAUGGGUCGUUGUUAAUCUCGGAUUUCGUGCUGUCAUUUAUGUGGGUAUGUUCUGGUGUUCUUGUCAAAAUCUUUGUCUUCCAUUUUCUGGGAUUUCAACAUAAUUUUAUUGGAGAAAUUGUGAAGCUGUGUUUCUCUGUCCUCAAUUUGUUCUUCUUCGCUUAUUUGGCUAAAUUUGCGAGAGGUGCUUCUUAUAAUCCUCUUAAUAUUCUGGCUGGCGCUAUUUCUGGGGGUUUUAGUCGAUUUUUAUUCAUCAUUGGUGCAAGAAUUCCUGCUCAGGUGCUUGGAGCCAUUUAUGGGGUUAAGCUCUUAACUCAUAUGUUUCCUGAAAUUGGCAACGGACCAAAACUGAAUGUCAACAUCCAUCAAGGCGCAUUGACUGAGGGAGUCCUAACCUUUAUGAUUGUUUUCAUCUCUUUGUCAUUAGCAAGAAGCAUUCCUGGGAGUUUUGUGAGGAAAACCUGGAUUUCUAGCCUUUCGAAACUUACACUCCACGUUCUUGGUUCAGACUUAACUGGUGGAUGCAUGAACCCGGCAUCUGUGAUGGGAUGGGCUUAUGCUCGUGGUGACUACAUAACUAAGGAGCACAUUUUUGUUUAUUGGCUUGCUCCAAUUGAGGCAACCUUACUGGCUGUAUGGAUCUUCAAGGUGUUGUUUCCGAAAGCAAUUGAAGAGUCCGACACAAAGCCAAAAUCAGAUUGAUUUCAGAACAAUCUCGACAAUUUUUUGGCUGUAUGGAUCGUGUUGUUUCCGAAAGCAAUAGAAGAGCCGGACACAAAGCCUAAAUCAGAAUGAUUUUUGAAUCUCAACAUGUUUUAUUUUUUUCUUCAUUCCCUUGUGUGUGUAUUUUGUUCCUUGCACAGGUACAUAAUUAGAUAUGAAGAUAGAAAAUUAUGGAAAUUGUUAAAUACAUACAGAGUAGCAUGAAUGGGAACAUUUCCCUUUUGUAUCACUUCCACUAAAACUAGCUGUAAAUUUAUCUUGAGUUUAUUAAUGCAAGAAAGUAACUUGCAAUUGCAUCCUCA